CGUUAUUCCGAUUUCGAAGCACGGGGAGGGGGUGCUGCACAUGCGCAUUAAAUUAUUGUUGGUGGGCAGGGCUGGUGCGCAUGCGUGGGAAGUGUUGGUGUGGUCCUAUUGCCCGCGCCCUUCCGAUUCCGGAUCCUACAGAAAGACAGCCGGAGAAUAGACCGGCGGUUCGGGAGAGCCGGAGAUCCGGGAGACCUUUCAAUCAUUAUAAAUACCAGCUGUAUGGACUCAGAGCUUCCAUCAUGGGUAAAAUGCUAUCCAAGGUGUUUGGGAAUAAGGAGAUGCGGAUAUUGAUGUUGGGUUUGGAUGCUGCUGGGAAGACCACCAUUCUUUACAAACUCAAGCUAGGACAGUCAGUCACCACUAUCCCAACUGUAGGUUUCAAUGUAGAGACUGUUACCUACAAAAACGUAAAAUUUAAUGUCUGGGAUGUAGGUGGCCAGGACAAAAUUCGGCCUCUCUGGCGGCAUUACUAUACUGGAACACAGGGUCUCAUCUUUGUUGUUGAUUGUGCAGAUCGAGAUCGAAUUGAUGAGGCCCGUCAAGAACUCCACAGAAUUAUUAAUGACCGAGAGAUGCGAGAUGCCAUUAUUCUCAUCUUUGCCAAUAAACAGGACCUUGCAGAUGCCAUGAAGCCUCAUGAGAUCCAGGAAAAGCUUGGACUUACCCGGAUUAGGGAUAGAAACUGGUAUGUCCAGCCAUCUUGUGCAAAUACCGGAGAGGGACUUUAUGAAGGUCUCAUGUGGUUGACAUCAAAUUACAAAUCUUAAACUCUGUUUCUAUUACUGUUAAUUUUUUUGUACUUUCGCUUUGAUUUGGUUUAUUUUGAAAACCACUGAAGGACUGGCAGCAUAGCUGUGUAUUUUUUUCUUUUUUUUUUUUUGACAUAUAUUAUUCCUAAAUGCUCUGCAGAAGAGCCUGGAAGGAGUUAUUGGCUUCGCCCCACUUGGGAGCAAGGAAGGGUAGAAGGUAUAGAACACGAAGCUUGAUGUUCUUUGCACCUAGUGAGAUGGGAAAAUAACCCUUUGCAGUGUCAGCCUUAACCAUCAGUGAGCUAGUAUGAAAUAUUAAAGGACUUAAAAGUUUAAAAGACAAAGAAACCCUGAAAAUAAAUGAUGUUCACGUGAAAGAUCAAAUGCAAAUUAAAGUUUGUAGUUAAACUGUUACUGUGUACACAUGUUCCCCAGCAUAGCAGUAUUUAAUCAUCCGCUUUUAAAGGGCUGGGCUGGGCUAUGUAGUUAACCUUAAAGUCCACGUUCCUGAGCAAGACCAAGACCUGGUACAUGUGCACAAGUACUCUGACAUUGUACAUGCUUCAUGUCUCCUUGGAGGCUUGCGUUCUAACUUUUGAUUGUACUGCUUGCAAUGCAGUGUCAGUGGGCGAGGGAAGGAUGCACGUGCGCAGAAUAAACUUAAGUGACGUAUACAAUGACUCCUAAUGAAAAAAUAGCAGCCGCAAAGUGCCCAGUGGGGAAUAACUUUGGAGGCAAAAGAAAGCAGUUUUGAAAAUCCAAAAUAAUUGCGGUUUAUGUGGCAAGUGAUUGGGCAAAGUAGCAAAGGGAAGGGUUUCCUUGUCCUUUAACACUGCCGUGCAUUGCACAUUCUUCUGACCUCAAUGUAUGAGACAGUUUUUUACAUUCCCUGUGCCCAUAAAAUUCCCAAUGUUUUUUUUGUGUCAUUUAAUAAGGGACGGAGUAAUAAGAACCUUUUACCUUUAGUGUUGCAGUAUAAAAAGUCCAAACAGUUGAUUCCGUCCUGUGGAAAAUAUGAGAGAAAUGUACAUUCAGUGUUACCAUUGCUGAGUGUUUUAAGGCAUUGUGAAAUAUUUAUAAUACGUUUAUUUAUGUGCCAGUUCCAUCACCACCUGUGGGUCAACAGGGUGCUUUGAACCGGAAGUUCAAAGCCUACAGAAAACUAAGUUAUUUGACAGAUAUAAAUCCUGAAAGGAAACUUCUGACUUGUCUAACGCCUCAUAUAUUCUCCUGUACAGUAGGGGAACAUGGUAUAUCCUAUGUUAUGCUGUGACUGGGGUGUUUCAGAAGAACCGCUUCUAAAAUGGAGUUAAACCGAAUGUGUGCAUUGCUGGAGAAUAUGCUCUGGCCAGUUUUGAUAAGUGUCUAUUUUUCCUUCAUCCUUAUUGGUGCUAUUUAAUCUUAUUUUUUGUGAUGAGAAAUUACAAGUUUUUUAAAGAUUUGUGCCACACACUGGUUUCUUUUACAAAAUUAACAAUCUGCACAUCAUACUGAUCAGGCACUUUAGUAAGGCUUAGUUCACUAUGUUGCUGCACUGAUUUAUGUAAAGACUGACAUACUAAUACAAUGCCUAAUCAAGUUAAUGUACACACAAAGGUUGGUUUACUGGUAAUUAAUCUUAAAUACAUUCCCUGGAUUUUUGUUCUUGUUAGACUUUUUUCCAUGGUUGUCAUUCCAUCUUUCAUCUGAAGGAUCAAGGAAGGAGCAAAGUAUAAUCUUCAAAGUGCGCCAAGCAGUCUGUAAUACUAAAAUCAUGCUAUAAUUUUACCUUAAGGACUUGCCAAUUUUUCAUAGACUGCGUAUUAAACUUUGCACCUAUAAUUUAAUGUUUCUUUUGUUAUGUUUUUAGCCUUUGGAAAUCAUGCAUUUUUCAAAUUAAACUGCUCCUUAUUUGAAUAAACAGAACUAUGUAUGA